AUGUACAGGUGCACAGAGUCUGCAGACAGCGGCAUCGGGGAUCUGGACGACCUGCCGGUUCCCCAGCAGAUCCACAUCAGUAACAUCACCUGUGAUUCAUUCAAGAUCAGCUGGGACAUGGACAGCAGAGGCAGAGAGAGGAUCACACACUACUUCAUCGACCUAAACAAGAAGGAGAACAAGGAAUGCAACAAGUUCAAACACAAGGAUGUGCCGACUAAGCUUGUGGCGAAGGCGGUUCCCCUGCCGAUGAUGGUGAGAGGCCAUUGGUUCCUGAGCCCUCGGACAGAGUACACUGUGUCCGUCCAAACAGCCUCCAAACAACCAGACGGAGAAUAUUCUGUUUCUCAGUGGAGCGAAAUCAUCGAGUUCUGCACAGCAGAUUACUCCACAGUCCAUCUGAACCAGCUGCUGCAGAAAGCUGAGGUGAUCGCCAGCAGGAUGCUGCCGUUCACCGUCUUCUACCGGAACCAAGAGAAGGAGUAUUUCCAGCAAGCCAGCCCCUCUUAUCGUUCCAGAGACGCUCAGUGCUGCCGUAUGCUGCCAGCGGUUAAAGACAACAGCGGCAGCCACGGGUCACCCAUCAGCGGCAAACUGGAGGGGAUCUUUUUCAGCUGCAACACAGAGUUCAACACAGGAAAACCCCCCCAGGACUCCCCAUAUGGACCCUACCGCUUCCAGAUCCAAGCAGACAUCCUCUUCAACCGGAAUACCAACAUCUACUUUGGGGAUUUUUACUGCAUGUACACGUCCUAUCACUACGUUAUUGUAGUCCUGGCUCCUGACGGCUCCAAAGGAGACGCCUUCUGUAAAGGAAGGUUACCGGCCCUGGACAGAUCCAACAACUGCUUCCUAACCUGCACUGAGGAAGAUGGCGGCUUGCUGUCUUUCCAUCACGCCCAGGAUGUCAUACUGGAGGUGAUCUACACGGAGCCAGUGGAUCUGUCUUCAGGAACGGUAGCACAGAUCAGCGGGCACCAGCUCAUGAGCCUGUCCACCGUCAAUGCCAAGAAAGAUCCCAGCUGCAAGAUCUGCAACAUUAGCGUGGGACGUUAGCCAGAUUUCUGACUGAUAACCAGCUAACCUGCUAAUCACUGACUGGAAGGUAGCUAACAAGCUACUAACUUAGUUUCCACUCUUUGUGGAACGACUGGCUAGCUAGAUGCUAGCAAUGACUGACUA